AUGACCACCAUCGAGAGCGACCUCAAGCGUAUGAUCCAGAAUGCCAAGAGCUACAAUGACCCCAAGAGUGAAAUAUACGAGGAUGCCGAGCGAAUACGGAAACUGGUCUACAACUACAUGAAGCUCAACAACCCGCAGUACACCUCAGAUCCAAACUACAUCUCCUUCCCAACACCAAUACCAGAUACGAACGGCGGAGCGGCGCGGAAUGACGGACAUUCGCAUGCUGUGGACGACGACGACACGAAGCCCGAGCAGCCACGAAGACCAGUGAUCAAGGCAUUCGAACCAUCUACAGAUCGCAAAGAGUCUAUCGCUCCGAGUGCGGCGACCGGAGACGACGAGGAUGCAUAUACCGGUGGCGAUGCACUAGACUUUACAGGACUGUCGUUCCAGGAAGCACAGCAGAAGAUUGUGUCUUUCAUGAUACACUACACGGAUGAUGAAGGGCUAGAGAUAUACACACCAUUCGGCAACCUCCCGACACGAAAACUGGAAGACUACUACCAAGUUAUCAGGCACCCGGUAUCUCUCAAAGGGGUGGCGAAGCGUGCCCGCGGUCAGCAUGGCCGUGCGCCACCCACCGGUGUGAGCGACUUUAAGAAUUGGGAUACAUUCGAGGAAGAAGUCAGCUUCAUCUGGCGCAAUGCUCAGACCUACAACGAGGAAGGGAGUGAUAUGUUCGUUCUUGCUGAUGCGUUCAAGGAGCACUUCGAGCAGCUUAUGGUAGAUGCAAGAGCAAAGGUCGACGAGCCUGCUAGACCGAGCAUUAAGCUGGGUGGACCCAAGCCGAAGGUCACUCUCAACCUGAACCAGCACCGCAGCUCACCCGCACCUGGCGUGCAAAUCGACAAUGAGGCUCUCCUCCGCCAGAAGCAACUGGUCAAUGCAGGAGUCAAUGGCCAGCAACAAGCACGUCCUGCGAUGGCUAACGGCAACGCACCAUCCAGCUCACAUGUGCGUACCAUUGAAGCACGACCGACCAGCAGCGCACAGGCUGGCUCGCCACCGGGCAUGGCGGUCAAGCCGGAGAAGUCGCCAACGCCAGCUCUCGGUACUGCUGUGCCUACUACACAAGCACUCACGAAUGGCAUGAUGCCUCCGCCAUCCACGCGACCACCCAGCGGUAGCCCAUUCGGCGCACCUCCACCACCUGUCAGCAGCUACACCUACACCGCACCUGCCGCCCUCCCACCACUACCAACCCGACACUAUCCCGCUUCAGCCGCCUUACUACCGACAGUCACACUCUCAACCCACCCGCAAUUACCGCUACCCCAACCCUACACCCUCAACAUCCCACCCCACCCGACCUUCAGCCACCAAAGCACAACCAUAACCCUUCCAAACACGCACUACUACCUCCAGAUCUCCCCCACCAUCAGCAAACAACUGAGUAUGGGACGACCAUACAAGCUCUUCGUCACACUCAAUGGCCUUAGGCUGAAUCAGCGGGAUACAGUUUUCCACUCUGAUAACGGGAGGCGGACACAUGUCUACGACGGGACGCUGAUGCAGGGUGUUAAUCGAGUGGAAGUGGAGGUCGCGGCGCAGAAGGCUGGCCCGGCGGAGGAGGGCAAGAAGGAGGGGUUGGAUGUGGAGAAGGUUACUGUGUUUGCUAAUUUGAUGAGGAGUUGA